GCUUGAGUUGUCACAGACACCUGGACGGAAGGAAAGAGAAAGAGAGAGUAGCGGAGUGUAAAACAGUUGAGGAGGGACACAGCUUAUUAAUGAGUAACACACACAUGUUGAUUUCCAAUUUCCUGCUGUAGCUCACAUUUAAAAGAGAGGACAACAAGCAAGAGAGCCGGUGAGCGACCGAGGAAGUUUGUGAUUCGCACCUGGUCGGACUUUUCUAGACAGAUCCUGAAAAUGACUCGCUCCGUGAGGGAGUUGUUGAAAGAGUACAUGUCGGAGCGGAGGGUUCGCAAGUGUCGCCUGGUGGCCAAAGAUGGCCGCUGCAACAUCGAGUUUGGCAACGUGAUGCACAGAAACCACUUCGCCUAUGUGCUCGACAUAUGGACCACCUUCGUAGAGAGCCGAUGGCGGUUCGUCAUCUUGCACUUCGUGGCGUCCUUCACCCUCAGCUGGUUCAUCUUCGCCCUCCUCUGGUACUGGCUCGCCAGAGACAACGGUGAUCUAGCUUGGCAGAAUCCACCCAGUAACCACACGCCAUGCGUCUACAGUGUGAUCGACCUGACUUACGCUUUCCUCUUCUCGCUGGAGACCCAAACCACCAUCGGUUACGGCAAUCUGUACGUGACCAACGCCUGCUCAGGAGCCGUGGCUCUGAUUGUAAUUCAGAGUCUCAUAGGUGCCAUAAUCACUUGCUUCUGGUGCGGGGUGGUUAUGACAAAAAUCGCCCUCCCCAAGAAGAGAGCCAAGACCAUAACGUUCAGCGAAUGCGCAGUCAUCUGCCCUAAAAAAGGCACUCUUUGCCUUCAGAUCCGCGUGGCCAACCUGCGCAAGACCCUGAUGAUCGGCAGCCAGGUUUACGGCAAGCUCUUGAGGACCACGAUCACCCCUGAAGGUGAGACCAUCAUCAUGGACCAGGUCAACAUCGACUUCACGGUGGAUGCCGGCAAGGACAACCUGUUUUUCGUCUGCCCCUUGACUCUCUACCACGUCAUCAAUAGAUCCAGCCCGUUCUUCGACAUGGCCGUAGACACUCUGCACCAGCAGGAGUUCGAGCUCGUGGUGUUUUUCGAUGGCACGGCCGAGUCCACCAGCUCGUCCUGCCAGGUCAGGACUUCAUACAUCCCACAGGAGAUCAUGUGGGGGUACGACUUUCUCCCCAUCAUUUCCCGCAGCAAAGAGGGAAAGUACAGGGUGGACUUUUCCAACUUCACCAAAAUGGUGCCCGUCCCAACGGCUCAUUGCGCGUACUGCUACCACAAUGAGGCAGGACACCAUCACCACUCCAUAAACGGCAUCGAUAACCAGGGCUUUGAGGUCAUUGAAAUUGAGCCGCCCAGCAGCACCAAAAUGUAAAGCGUUUUGCCUGACGUGUACUGUAUGUUUUGCACAAAGCAACAUUGCGAGCUCAGCAUCUUGCACUAUACAAGAAGCACUGGACACAAACGCGUUUUUCCCUCACAGUUUUCAUUUAGUUUAAAGAAAAACUGACGGAGUAAAACCCAUAUUGCAGUCCAUUUCUUUUAUGAUUAUUUUAGAGAGACAAGCAUUCAAGCCCACAUCAAAAAAACAAUGAGUCUUUGUUGUGACAAUAUCAAAAAUAUAAAAGUGUGAAUGCUUCUGUUACAGGGUCAUUGUGUCGGGAAUGAGAGUAUUAACUGCAAGUUCAUACGAGAUUUUUAUCGUAUAUAAAAGUCUAAGAUGAACUGAUUUAAAUUAUGUGUAUGAUCCGAAUCACUCUGGGAUGGUGUGUUCCUUUGUAAAUUUAUAGAUAUUGUUAAUAUUGUAUUAUUGAAUUUGUAAAUGCCAUUUUUACUUUGUGAAUAUCAUUUUUUAUAAUAAAACAAAUAUAUCAAUUGGA